AGUUUUCUGAUUUCUAAAGUAAGUAGCGUAGCUGGACCUAUAUAAUUACUAAAAGGGCAUCAUCGUCAUGAUGGGCCAUCUGCAGCCAAUCCAUUACCUUUACCACUAUUUAAUCAAAACUGUAAGUAAUUAUACGACUUGACCUCUAACCCAAAAUGUUCGGUGGUGGUAAAGCCGGAGAGCCGUGCAAACGGUGUAAGCCUAUGUUUGAGGAGUUGCGGGAAGCCUUACGUCUCUCCGAAGAGAAACUGUCGACAUCUGAAAAAAACAUUGUAAAACUAAAGGGAGAAGUGGAACAACUUAUGAAACACAAUUUAUUUUGGAAUCAGAAUCAUGAUACUAAGAAGUAGGAGGAGGUCCUUUGAUUUUUGUGCUACGGCGGUACCGUACUCGAACUAGUACUACUACAAGUACUUAGAAUAACAAGCUACUUCUUGAAGAAGCAGCACAACUACGAAGAGGGGAGACAUCAGAGUUGAAGUUCUUUCUAACCAAAAGAAAAAAGAUUCUCAGGCACUCGACACGCGAUUACGGAAGGAGCGGAAAGAUAGUGAGGACGCGCUGAAGCAGAACCACGAUCUAACGAUCAAAAAACUUGAAGACGAAAGGGACAAAGAACGUACUUAUGUCGUUUUGACUUUUGAGGCUAGUGCUACAACUCUUCACUUUCUUGAUGCUACUUUUUAGUUUUUCCUAGAGGGCGCGGGAGUGAGUGUGAGAGAGAGAGACAGAGUGAGACCGAGUUUAAUUAGGGAGCGGAGAUACUCUUAUUGUUAUUUCAAAGACCACCACAGAAAAGUUUUUCUAUUCGACGAGAGCAGAGGAGAGAAAACGAGAAUCCCCAUCCGAGAACUCUCUUGUUAAAUCCGCAGUAUAGAUCAAGUAUUUUUAAGAAAGAAAUGAUUUGUCUGGGGACUCCUGUGACCACGAUCUUGAAAAUUUUAAACAACCAGGAUGAAGUUGAUCGAUCUCCGGAUAUAAUCAUUCGGUUGUAGAAACGUCGCUCUGUGACCACGAUCUUGAAAUUCCUAAGCAACCAGGACGAAGUUGAUCGAUCUCCUGAUAUCAUUCGGUUGUAGAAACGUCGCUCAUAGGGACGUCGAGCAGACUUCUAGGUUGUCAAAUGUUGAGAGAACAGACCAAGUUAUCAAUCUUUUGAGAGUCAUCAUGGUGCUAGUAGAAAUCUGUCCAAGAGUAUACGAAUUCUGUCCCAGUGAGUACGGCCACUAGGUCUCAACAACAUCUGGAGAGAUAAUGUGGUCUGAAUUCCAAAAUGCGUCUUAUAUAUGAGAAUGUGUACUCACAGUUACAUGAUUGCGCGCCUGCCGCUGUCCUGUAGCCCGCUGCACCCUCGCGCCUGCAUGCCGCGUAUUCGCCCAUGGAUUGUGUUCGCCCUAUCUUAGCCGAGAGCCCACGUACUACAAGACACGUCAGCGAUAGCCCGCUGGCCCAGCGCGAUAAGUGAUUGAAUGGGCCAAUGAGUAGAAGUGCUCUACUAGACUUAAGCGCCCGGCAGCACUCCUCCCACUAGAAUCCUCCACCCUCUGCGCGCACUUCCCCCGCCAUUGCGUGCUUCCGCUUUCCCGGCCCCUUCCCCACGCGACAACCGUCUGGCGGGGUUGAUCGGUAGAACAGGGGCCGGGCCUCUGGCGGCGUGCGGCCAUUGAAGAGGCACGCCGCGGAAUAGUAGGCCAGGGAGUUUACGGGCUUCUUGUCGGGUUUGGCCAUCUUUGCGUGAGGACUGAAGCGGUUAAGUUUCAAACUUUGGAAAAUUUUCCUUCUUUGAAUAAAAUUUAAAAUUUUGCGUCUGGCUUUUUUUUUUCGUUUAUCCAUCUUCGAUAAAGUCGAAAACUUUGCUGUUUCCAACGUUUUGAAAUUCAAAACUUCUACUCGAAACUUAGAAAGUCGCAAAGCUUUCGACUUUAUAGACAAAGUGCCAGGGUGGCGCGCUGUAGGCUUCUAGCUAGCUUGAAGCCUCAAGGCUGUAGCCCCUAAGUUUAGAAGUUUUUUACAAGGAUGCCAUGCUCGUGGGUUCGUAUACUGCGAAGGUUCACGGGUUCGUGGGCUGAUUGGUUGGGCUUGUUUGUUGCUUCGUUUGUUGAUAAGGAGAGAGAGCGGAAAAACUUUCUACGGGGAUCGCGUGUUUUUGGUUCAAGUGCUGAGGGGUCGGAUGUGUGAGGCUGAGUGCUUGGAGGUGUCGUUGUUGCUUUUUUAUGUAGCUCUUUUAUAUUUGAUAAAACCCUACGCCUGCCCUAGCUGUAGCUGCAUAAAGUGCGCCCAAAAAGUACCGAGCGGUCUCACGCGCGACGAGCCAAACAUCGCCAAGCCGGCGCACGCACGGAAAUGAACGAGUGCGCACAUCGGGAUCGCCCAAACGAGCAUGGCGCACUGCCUUAGAAUUAAAGCGUUGGCUAUUCUUCAUCAAUGCGAAAUCAAUAUUCUAAUCUAGAUUUUGCCUGAUCCUACAUUACAUUGGUUCAUUAGGCACCAUCAGGUCGCUUUUUUGAUAUACUUGAAAAGUCAUCCCAGCACCCCCACUCCUCGUCCCAUCCAAGAAGUUAUAGACUUUCUAGACGAAAGAGAAAGUUUUGUUUAGCCUUAUAUUGCCUGACAUUUUGUAUUUGUUUUUGUUUCUUGUGUUAAUCGGUCCUCGUCCUUGUUCCUUGGUUGUAGACGCGGCACGUUUACGUUUAGCUGUUGGAAUAGAGGCUUCUUCAAGAAUUGAGUACCGUGGUACGAUAAUUAUGUUUUCUGAGGAUAAAUCGUUGGUUGCGAUACUUACAUAGAUAAGUACUCUCAUCACUAUCUUCUGACAUUGAAUAAAAUGUUUUCCUUCUUGAACUUGAUAACAGAAUAAGAAAUAUGAAAUGCUGAGGAAUAAUCAUUGAUGAAUCUUUUACCUUCCUUCAAACUAUUGAUAAACGCUCUGAGUAUAAAAAUAAUAUAAUAGUAAUAUUAUUGCUAUCUACUUCACGCUCCUACUACGUACGUAAAAUUGAAGAUGUCUUCAUCUUCUUGUUCUUCUAGAACUUGAGAACUGGAAGAGGAAGACUCCGAAAGCUUGAACUCAACACAAGAAGAUGCCAGAGAUCGAUUAGCUUGAGAACUUGGAACAGAUCAAUUAACCUGGUAGGCCCGCAUGCACCUAACCUAACGCUAACCUAACAGAUCAAUUAACUCAAGAUGCCAGACAUAGACUGUUGUACUUGCGGGAAAAAAAUCGUGGGCACUUACUUCGACACGCUGGAUGGCGAGCAGUGUCCCGCAUGUGCAGAAGCGGCUGCCGGCUUCUGUGCCGUUUGCAAGAAGACUUUGUUCAACUGUGGCCCAACUGGCGAUGUUGGUGAUUUGAAGAUCCACGCUGCCUGUUUUGAGUGCUGCGAAUGCGAAGAGCAGAUCGAUGGAGGCUUUACCGAUAAGAGGGACUUGUGGAAGGAACUGGGAAAAGAUUUAUGGCUUUGGCUUGUUGUUACCGUAAUUCUACUUCGUCAUCUCUUCGAGACUUCAUCUUAAAAGGUGUUGUAAGUAUGUAUCUUUGACGUACUCAUCUUUGUCUUGCAGUUGAGAUCUACAAAAGAAGAAAAGAACUAUAUUUAGAACGUCAUUUGCGCACCCGCCUCAUGGCUGGGUAUAUCAUCGUCAUCAUUUGUGUUAUUUUCAAGAAGGGUGGGGAAAUCGUCCUUAAGAACAUUUAAGUACCUCUUUCUGAGGUGAGUACAUUUUUUGUUUUUUUUUUGAUCUUCUAAUAAAUGGGAGCAGUUUUGGGCAGUGUGCUUGGGUGUGCGAUGAUUGUGCGGAGACCGUGCGUAAAGAAAAUAAGCCCAAUGGUGGAGAGUGUCCCUUUUGUGGCGAAGACAUUGAAGCGGGAGAAGAAUUCAAAAAACUGGAUGAUGGACGCGAGUGUCAUAAGAAGUGCUUUAAGUGUUACAAGUGCGAUAAGCCGAUUGAUGGAAAGUUUAUCCCAGAAGGAAAAAUUAAGGCUUGAAUUUGUAAUUCAUCAUCUUAGGAGGCAUCCUUGCUUGGGUUGAUACAUAACUUCAAGGGGAACGAAGACACGCCAGCCAAGUAAGAUGCACGUUAAGAUGAAAAAUAUCGGUAAGCUCUAAAAAAGACAAAUUUUGCUGCACGAAGUGUACUAAGAAGUGUGCUUUCUGUAAUGAGCCGCUGCUUGGGGAAAUCACUAUCUCCGAUGGCUUCGAGUACCACAAAGUAGGACCGGAUGGGUAUUGCUGCUUUCGAUGUAAACGGUGUAGAACGCCUCUGGGUGGCGUAGAGUACUUCAACGCGCCACCAGGGAAGACUGGGAGUUUCUGUAAAAGCUGCAAUAAGGACAUAAUGCAAGACCCCGAACUGGCCGACCAAGAAUUGCCACCUGGGAUCUGUUUGGCGUGUACGAUCAUGUAAGACAAGAAGAGGUACGAGGAGAAGAGGCACUAGAUCUAGAUAGAAGCAUCAAGCAGCGGUACCAGACAAAAAGAGGUACGAGAAGAGGCACGUCUAGAUGUAGGUCAUCAAACAGCAGCAAGAAGAGGCACGAGAAGGUUCACUUCUAGAUGUAGGUCAUCAAACAGCAGCAAGAAGAGGCACGAGAAGGUUCACUUCUAGAUGUAAGUCAUCAAACAGCAGCAAGAAGAGGCACGAGAAGGUUCACUUCUACAUGUAGGUCAUCAAACAGGGCUACCAGACAAGAAGAGGCAGUAGAUUUAAGGUCAACAUUUAGUGUCCAUCUUUCUCGGGAUCUUGGUAUCCUUUUCCCUUGUUUUCUCAUGAAAUACAAGGCGCAAGGGGUCAAGAUGAGCGGACCAGGAUGGGCGAAAGCUUCCUCUAAUGUCAGACCAAGCAGCAGCAGCAGCAGGAGCAGACUUCAUAUUAGGAGAUUGAUGAGCUGCAAAUCGUGCAGUAGCCACUAUGUGAGUAUGAUGGACCUGAUGAUUGUUAUGUCCUCACGAUGAACUUGGUGUUGGUCGUUAAAUAAUGUCUAUAUCAUCCAACAAGAUCGUUGAAAAGUAGAAGAAUCUAGAAGUACUUGCAGAUGGUUCUUGCUGAUACAGAUGCACUAUAAGUAAAAAAAAAUAUUUUUAGCCGAUAAUUCUUUGAUUGAUUAUAUCCCGUCUACUUGAUGUUGUUAUUCGUUCAUAAACAUAAUUUUCACUUCAUGUUGUAGGUCUUCAUCGUCUAGUGGAAACAUUGAAAAAGAUGAAGGCCCUAGUUAGUUUGGAGGUCGUUUUCCUUUCGCAAAAAUGGGGCGAGCUGCGAGAAGUACUAAGUGAGAUCAUCAACAAAUGAACAAGAAUCUAAUGGAGUUAUGUCGUAGCAUAGGAAAUGAUAGUUGGCUUCCCUUCCGGAGGGGUUACAUUGUCGAGUAUGUAGAAACGAGAGACGAGUGAACGGGUACCUUAGGAUUAAGUUGUUUAUUUAAGUAGACAAAACCGAAUAUUCGAUGCACUAACUUCUACAUUAAUGUUUUAUUGAUGUUGUGCAAAAUGGAGAGAUUGAAUAUCACCAUGAAGCAUUAUCACGUAGCUGCGUAAGGUAACUUGAGCGAGCAUUCAACAAGCUAAGAUGAAAAGAUCUGUCCUGUGAGGAUCCUUCUGGUUUAGUCUCUUUUUGAGAGCAAAGCGCGUCAAAAAUAUUGUAGCAACUAGGUUUAUUUGCCCGCCUGCGAUUUGCCAUUGCUGUUGCCCGCCUGCGAUGUGCUGCAACGGUUACCAGACAGCAAGCGGCUAGCACGAACACGCCUAGCCUAUAGUAUAAUAUAGAACCGGACAGGGGCGAUUUUCAACCUGCCUGGAGCAAGGUUUCUGAAGCAGCCUGCCCAGGGCAAGACUUCUGAAACAGCCCCGCCCGAACGACCACAGACACCCUGUUAAUAGCCCUCCGCAAAGCUGGGGCUGGCGCUAUCCAUGGGUAAAAAUGACUAACAGCGGGAAUCUGCGGCGACGAGACCUGCGACGCCAUUCACUGACCGCAGCACCGCUACAAAAGUAAAUGCACGCUAAGCCCGCCCGCCUGCCCAGAGAAUGAUCAACGUAGGAGCAAGUUCUUGCCUGACGCGUGGAUGAAACAAAAGACGCGCGCUCUAUUUUGCAAUUGUUCCUCGCGAUAACUUCGUAGUAGUUGAAUCUAUUUUUGAACGAGUGGUGUUGACAAAAGCACGUUUAUUAAAUCCUGGCAAGCGUUAUUUCAUCUAGUCUUUUUGGUGUAGAAGUAUUCAUCUUGAGGUAUGAACUAUAAUACGGCGCUCUCCACAGGUCUUCUCAUCAGUGAGAUUCCACCUUCAUGUCUCAUUUUCGAUUUCUACCCGUGCGGAAAGUGCCAUGCUAAUAGCAGCGUUUUGUAUUUGUAAGUUCGCUGAUUUUGAUUUUGGAAUCGCGCCACGGUUCUUCAUCACUUCUACAAGCUUUAGUAACUCGGUAAUACAUUGAAAUAUCAAAAAUUAGUUUUAUUAUUUUUUUCAACCUCUAUCUAUGACUAUGUCUAUCUCAAUACAGUCGUAAUACUAAUAGUGUUGUUUUAGUAUUUACUGAGUGGACCACGUGGACGACGAGGUUCUCCUCCCCAAAGCUAGAAAACAAAGAUGCCGAAAAUGGAUUGCGUAGAUUGCGGGAAAGGAAUUUCCGGCACAUAUUUUGACACUGACAAUGGUCCCCAGUGCCAGGCGUGUGCGGAAAAAAGUGCUGGAGUGUGCGUUGUCUGUAACAAGACCAUGCUCGACGGGGGUCCCGGCUUGACGAUCGGCGGUGGCCUGUCCGUGCAUCAGUCCUGUUUUCAGUGCUGCGAGUGCAAGGAGGGGAUUGAAGGAGGCUUUAUGGAAAAGCGGAAGUUGUUGACAGACAAAGAGAAGGAUCCUAGGUGGAACACGACGAAGGAGACUGAUUGGAUGUGUGGAGCUUGUGCUGACAAAUUCCAGAGAGAUGAAUGGGAGAAGAAACAUCCUCCGAAAGGUGGUUCGAAAGCGGCUAAUAAAGGAGGACCUGGUGCUAAAGCAGCAGAUGAUGCCUGCACGUUUUGCGGAAAAGCCCUCGAGCCAGGUCAGAAAAUUGGGAAAUUGGGAGAUGGAAGUAAGUUCCACUCGGAUUGCUUCCGCUGUAAAACCUGCGAUGAGCCGAUCAAGGGUCAGUUCAUCAAGGGCGCUGACGGGGGGAUCACGUGCACGAACUGCAUUCCGAAAUGCGCAGGUUGUGGCGGCAAACUUUCCGGUCAGAUCAUGACAGCUGGCGGCCGUCAGUACCAUAAAGCUGGUCCAGACGGCCAUUGCUGCUUCAAGUGCUCCCACUGCACGCAACCUCUUGACCACGGUUUCUACCCCGAUCCGGCAGCCAAAGCCCGUGGCGAGAGUGACAUCAAGGACAUGGUGUGCGAAGGCUGCUACGCGGAAAUCACCGAGAACGUCGCCAACGCCAAGCACAAAGAAGCUGAGGCCAAAGAGCUCAAGGAGACUGCCGAGAUCGAGCGCGGUCACGCCUGCGUCUGGUCCGAUGCUUACCGUGGUCGAGCCGAAGACACUCUCCACUUAUUCGACUCCAAUGACAAGGAAGAUUUGAAAAAAGACCCAGAGCAUCUCUGUCUGUUCCUAGACGAAGAUUCGCAUCUCCACGUGGGAAAAGCGCACGACCCGAAGCACAGCAUCAAUUUGGAAUACUUGGUGGAGGCGUGCAAGAUGAUCGAGCUGAAUCAUGGGCAAGAACCGGUUUUUUCCUUAGAUCCCGCGGAUCCGCAUGAUUUGGGAGGUGCGGAACAAAAGAAACGCUUUAUCCCUGAUGAGAUGUGCGACGGACCCUUGGGAGAGGUAAAAAUUCCACUUGUUCACUUCCUCGUCAUUGUGGAGUUUCGCGAUCUCAAACUUCAUUCAUGUUCCAACCUUUUCACUGUCAGUUAGUUGCACUACUACAUUCUUUAGUUACAGUUCUUGCACAAUUUUCGACUUACUCGAAAACUGAAAAUGACCGAGUUACUGACUGAAAUAAGGGAGGUAGCUUUGACAGGGCUAGUCUUCCUUGUUCAGUAUCUCGCUUAUUUUCAGUAGUUACUCGCUUAUUUCAGUUUUUCGAAUAUAAGUAUCCGCAACCUACUUGUUGUACUUGAUGUUGUUGAUGAAACGAUAUCUUCACACCUCACAACACCUCCAGGUGAUGUUCCAAGCCGACUACUUUCUGAAGAAGUUUUCUUUCGGCGAUGCUCCAGUCGAAGGCGUCAAGUUCGACUCCUUGUUCGAGACCGAUCACAGCUCCACUGGUGCUCGACAAUGGUUCAUUAUUGACUCUGGCAGUGUGACACUUUCGAAAGAUCGAGUGCUGAUCGUGGACGUGAAGAUGAAGGUCGAUGCCCGACGCUUAGAGAUGGGUCCAGAUGGCUACCGCGAUGCCCCUACCACUGACGAAAGCGAUCCUGCAAUGCAGCACGCUAGGAAUUUCUCAGCCAACAUGCAGAAGUUGCGGGAAAAAGUUGCUUCGGUUCAUGAGCUGUUCGAAUGCGCCAAGGCUUUGACUCUAGCCAAAUGGUUAAUCAAGAAGCAGAAACUGCACAUCAACAAGGAAGACGUCUUGAAAUAUCAGCCGAGAUCGAUCGUGCACGAGAUGAACAUGGUCAAGAAGACGACCUGCAAAUCCGCAGAAGGCAGAAAGCCAUUCGCUAACGGUUAUCCAAGGUUGAUCCCGACGCUGCGCAAGGAGCAGAAGAGAACCAACGUGCACCACAAGGAGAAGGGUGGCGGCAUCGAGAUCGAGGAGCACACGCAGUCCAUGUACGGCGGAGUCGAUCUAGGCGUGCCGGUUGAGAAAAUCGAGGAGAAACCGCCAUUGCCGAUUCCGGUUGCGGAUCCAGAAGUCAAGCCACAGAGUUUUCCAGUGUUGCAACCGAUUGGGGCAUAUAUGGGAACAAAGGCGAAGGCUAAAGCUUUGGACUUAGACCAAUACGACUCCAUGAAGAACCAUAGUGAUUUCAUGCACGCGCACAAGAGCCACGAACAUAACAAACCCGUAGCUCGGUUGUCGGCUGCUAUGCAAGAGCAAGACCGCAGAUCCGGAGGUUCUACUUCACAAGCGGAAAGAAUGAGUGGAGGAUCAACAGGGUCACAAGCGGAAAUAAGAAUGAGUGGAAUGAGUAAUGCUAGUGGAGGAGGUGCAGCACCAGCAGACGAGGAACGAAUUCCGUCUUCAAAAGCUAGUGCUGCAGGAAAUGCUAAUCUUCCAAGUUCAACGCAUUCACCUGGUCCACAGGCGAACAUAAGAAGUACAGGAGGCAGUAGAGGACCUUCAUCAGGAGGUUCAGCUCCCGCAUCUUCUGCUGGAGCAGAACAACAAAUGAGAUCUUCAGCAGGAGGAACAAGGGGAGGUUCUCGUGAAACUGCGAAUAAAACGUCUACUGGUAGUACCGCUAGUGCGGGGAAAAAACCUAGUGUUCCUGAUGGAAGAGGAACGUUUCAACCACCAUCACGUGCCGCAGGUGGGUCGGGAGGGGUUGUUCCAUCUAGUGUUUCUGAUGGAAGAGGAACGUUCCAACCUCCACCUUCACGUUCUGUAGGUGGGUCGGGAGGGGUUCCACCUAGUGUUUCUGAUGGAAGAGGAACGUUCCAACCUCCACCAUCACGUACCGCAGGUGGGUCGGGAGGGGUUCCACCUAGUGUUUCUGAUGGAAGAGGAACGUUCCAACCUCCACCAUCACGUACCGCAGGUGGGUCGGGAGGGGUUCCACCUAGUGUUUCUGAUGGAAGAGGAACGUUCCAACCUCCACCAUCACGUGCCGCAGGUGGGUCGGGAGGGGUUCUUCCAGAGACAAAGCGAGGCACCAGACGAACAGACCAGUCAUUAGCAGGAUAUAAGCAGUCAGUGAAAUCGCCGACGUCUGCAGCUAGGGAGGAAGCAAGUGGUCUCUUUGGCAGUUUCUUCGGCUAAAAGUCAAGUUGUUGCUUUAGUAGUAGAAAACAAGGAGAAGGAGAUGCACUCGCUGCACAUGAACAUCAUAAUUACGAAGACGAGAAGGAGAUCUUCUAAGAAGCAGCAGUACACAGAUUCUUCUGCCAAAAAACAAGUGCAUCGAUUACUAAGAGAAGGAGAAGUAGAUCAACACGAAGGAAUGGGAAAAAAAUUAGUCGUGAACAAUAUGGUGUUGAAUUUGGAGAAACUGGAUGAAUUUGGAGGAACAAAAUGUGAAAUGCAAAUGUCAGACGCAAAUGGAAAGCAGCUUGCCUUUCUGAAAUGCAGUAAAACUGGAAAUGUAAAAGCAAAGUGGGUGGAAAAUGCUGAAGCUGAUAAAAGUUUUUUUCAACAGCACCACGCUGGUCUAGUACCUUUUCUUUCUCGCAUCUCCACACCUCCACUCAGGCUCUUCACUGCAGUCCAAGCUCGCCCAAGCCAAAUCUAGUGCAGAUGAACUGCAGCAGCAGAAGGACGUUGGAGGUGGUGAACAGCAUCAAGCAGAGUUGAACGAGAUGCAGCAGAGGUUUGAAAAGCAAAUACGGAGGUUGGAGAAGACUUUAGAUGCGGAGAGAAAGCAAGCAGAGGAGGAUGUUCGAGGAUUGGAAAGCGAUUUCGAGAAGAUGGAAGAGAAGUUGUUAUGCUAAAGGAGGUGGUUCUCAUUAAGUAUAAUACUCACUGUUGAUCAUGUUCUUGAUGUAGUCGAUACUGGUGUAGUUGUUAUUCUUGUAGUUAUUGAGCCACAACAUGAACAUUCGGCCGCAGCAUAGCUUGCAGUUACUGAAGAACAGGAGCAGCAUGUCUUGCAAGUAGUCUCUUCUAAUCUGAAGAUCCAAACUUCUGGAGAAAAAGAAGCAAGUUGGCGAUUUGAAAGACGAAGUGGGCGCCUUGAAGGAAAGCUUGCAGGAGAAGGAUAGAGAUCUGGAAAAACAGAGGAUGGAGAUAGCUGGUACUUCUAUGGAUAAAGAUUUGGAAAAACAGAGGAUGUAGAUAGCUGGUACUAUUCAUGAUGUGCCAGAUUGUUCAAAUUUGUUCAGAUUUGAUGUUUACUUACGCAAUUUGAAUCAAAAUCAUGAAAUUCAAAGUUUUUUCGUCUGCUUACUACAAUUAAUUUUUCGUGGCGACCACCAAGCUCAAUAUCUCUUCGAUACGAAUCGUCCACCUCUUCUGUCUCACAGGUCUCCAACUCGCGGAGUCCCACCUUCGUGGCCGCAUCGAAAAGCAAAAUGAGGAUCACAUUGAGGAGAAGAAGCAAUUGCAGAAGGAGUGGGCAGAAAGCGAAUAUGGGCAUCGUAAAGCUCAAGGCCUCGACGCUCCGAUGGCUUAUCGCCGAGAACCUCCUACGGACAACGACUUAUUGGAACUGAAGUUGCGACAGUUGAAACAAGGCUUGGGUGCUGUCGGAGUGUCUGGCACAGGACGAGGUGCAUCCAGUUCAUCUUCUAGUAGUAGCAGUGCAGCAUCGCUGUUUGCGUCACUAGUAUCGCCUCCGACCACGGUGAAACCCAGGGUAGUGGCUGUUCCUUCCCCGAUGCAUCAAGAACUCAACCUCAACCUGACUGCCAAUGGCAAGAUGAUAGGAGCAAGCGCAGAACAUCAUCUCAGCACUAGAGGACGCUCAGGAGGAAGAGUAGGAAUAGUUGUACACCAACCAAAACUCGGUAAAAGUGCUUCAGCAGCAAGUGCUGUCGCUAUACCUCCAGAUCAGCAGCGUGCGGCGGCCCUUCAGUCGCAAAGCAUGAAAAAUUUGCAAAAUGUAGAGACGCACCUACAGCAAAGGCAAGCAGUUAUGGAUGCUUUACUGCAAUGAUCAUAGGCUUAUUAUAGGCAUCGAACUUGUUAUUUCCUGUAGACAUUCAAAUUCGUCAGGAGAAUCUUCCAUUUGUCAUUCUUGUCAUCGACAUCGAUAAAGAGCUGAACUAACACGAAGCAAUACAUUUACUGGGCUCGUCUCAUUUACAUUUCCCCUUUCUAACGCUUACAUCACUUUUGCAUUUCUGAUAUUACUUACACUUGAAAUUAAAGGACUCAUACUGCAUGAGUUGCUAUGACAAGAACCAUAAUGCAAAUGCUACAACAACUUAUACUUACCAAGCUUUCGUACACGACUCACACCAUGGGUAAUCACAAACUCUACUACCAAAAUCAAAACGCGAUUUGAGAAUAAAAACUAUCUUCUUCGUACCUCUAAGUCUAAAAAUGAGUAGAUACCCAAGCUGUUUGAUGAUCUCCGCUAAGAUAGAAAACUCAGCACAGUGCAUCGUAAUCCUCAUGUAGUUAAUGCAAAAACGACAGUAAAUGCACUGAAUAGGCUUAGGCAUAAAGUAGAUAUGAGUCACAACGCUACACAUUCAUCUUGUAAAAAAUACUGGUGGGACUAUGACUAUGUAUACAUUCAUCAUGUAAAAGAUAUUGGUCGGACAUGAAAAUUAGAUCGUUUUUCACUUGUCCUGGGUAAAUAUUUUAAUCCUGUACAGAGUUUGAAAAAAUAUGUAAAUAGACGCAUGCGAAGAUACUACCUACACACAUGAACAUCGUUAGAUUAUGACCUUCUUUUUAGCGGGGUCGAUUAGUUACUCGUACCCUAGAAGUACCUGGUUCUCCACCUUUAGUACUACCAUGACCUCCACUACUAGUAGUAACGAGGAAUCAUGUGAAGACAGGAGCAACAUCCUCGUUGCAUAAUUAGUGCGAGAAGUGCUAGUGCUGGUAGGUGCUCAAAAUUUGGUUUUGCGAAUUCCGAAAAAAAUGAACACCAUCAAGAAGUUAGAACUGUUUUUUGUUGAUAAUUUUUCUGCGGAAGGACAAGGAUAUAAUAUAAGCCACUGGUAGCCUACUAGAAGGAUGGGCUAGUACUUGGGCAACUGUCUCAUCAAGCGAUAAUUUGAGGUGACGUUGUUUGGCGACGUAGCUGGGGCGAAGAGCGGGAGCACUAUCCAUUCUCUUCGAGUGAUAGAAGGGA